ACCACCUACCUUGGUCAGAUCUCCAAAAACCCUGCAGCAGCAGAAGCCUCUGUCCAAACAUCUGCCCAUCAGUGUUGCAGAAUGCUGGUCACCCUGUAUGAAUCAUUUUGGAAGGAUGAAUACUGGUUGCCGUCUGGGUACACAUGGGCUGACUUGGAAGAUUCAGAUGACAUCACAUACCCUCAUCCCAAAGACCUGCUGGCAGUCAUUCCCACAACACUUGUUUUAUUAGUCAUUAGAUAUGUCUCUGAGAGAUUCAUAGGGUUGCCCUUGAGUAAAGCCCUGGGUGUACGUGACCCCAUCAGGACCAAGGCUACUCCCAACCCCAUCUUGGAGUCAUUUUUCCAGACCCACAGUAAGAAUCCCACAAAGGAUGAGCUGAGUCACCUGGCCAACCAGUGUAGCCUCUCUCUGAGGCAAGCAGAACGCUGGUUUCGACGACGCAGAAAUCAAGAGCGACCAUUAUUGAGCAAGAAAUUCUCAGAAACCUGCUGGAGAUUUUUAUUUUACUGCUGUUCUUUCUCUGGAGGCUUUCUCGUCUUCCACAAUCAAACCUGGCUUAGCCAGCCAGUGACACACCUGAAUGGAUACCCUAAGCAGCCUCUACAUCCUGUCUUAUACUGGUGGUAUAUGAUGGAAAUGGGUUUCUACUUCUCCUUGCUGCUCACUCUGCCCUUUGAUAUAAAAAGAAAGGACUUCAAGGAGCAAAUCAUCCACCAUUUUACCGCUGUCUUUUUGAUGUCAGUAUCCUAUAGUGCCAACAUGGUUGCCUCUGGUGCCAUGGUGCUGCUCCUCCACGAUGUGACGGAUAUCUUCCUGGAGGCUGGUAAGAUGCUAAAUUAUGCAAAAUGGAGAGUAGCUCAAGACAUCGUGUUUGUCAUCUUCGCCCUGAUGUUCAUCAUUACCAGAAUCUUUUUCUUUCCAGUCAGAGUCAUCUACAUUAUCGUCUGUUUUUUUGAAACCAAUGGCCUGAAAAGCGUUGUAUACUAUUUGUGCCUGACCCUCCUGUUGGUCGUAAUGAGUCUAAAUGUCUUCUGGUCUUCUCUCAUCCUCAAAAUGCUCUUCAAACUUUUUUCAGAAGGCAGGGUGAAGAAAGAUGUGAGGAGUGACAAAGAGGAGUCAGACAUGAGUGAUGAAUGUUUGACAACAAAACAACAAAGCGAUAAAAGACUCCAGUCCGAUGAUGUCACAAAUAUUCGCUCCCGGAGUGUUCAAGGGACUGGCCAGCUUGCCACUGAAGCUGUCCCUGUGGCAUAACCUAAUCCAACUCAAUUGAGGAUGCCUGGAUAACUGGUCUCCUGGAUUCCUGAAGACUAAAUCACUUUGAGACAUGUCUCAGAUUCUGAUUGAGCAUGUUCACAGAACAAAACUUGAAGUCUGGGGCCUUUCACCUCUGUCUCAUUGUGUCUGUCUAAAUCUCUGUACCCUCUUUACUGGAGCAGAGAAAGAAGGGAAUAUCUCUGCUGAGGACUUUAUGGUGAAUUUAUUGAUAUUUCUAUUGAACAGUGUUUCCCCCAAACCAUUGCCCUUGGACUUGGCUUCUAAAGCCUAUCUCUUAGAAGAACAGAUUGAAGGGAUGGGGGAUGAGAAGGGAAGGCUUUGAAAGUUCCCUAAAUAGCCCUUUCUCAACCCAGAAUAUUCCAAACAUGUUUAACCCUUCACAACUUUCCAUGGCUCUCAUGGCUGACCAUCUUGCUUGAUAUUUCACUAAGGAGAAGCUUGAAUUCAGGCGUAGGCCACACACAACACUGCAAUAAACUCCUUUUGUCUAAUUUCCUGAAUUUUCCCUAUUACAAUGUGCAGAUUGAGUAAAAAAUUUUUUCUUUUAAUAAUCUGAUGAGCCAGCCAAGAUGGGUCAUUUGCUAUCAUAAUUAUCACUAAGUCUACUCUGACUGAAUAUCUGGCACUCAGACUUUUGGCUGAUCAUAGGCUAGAGUGAACUCUCCCAGCAAUCAGUUAGCCAUGAAGUGGUCAGAGAAUUAAACUCCUCAAAUUCAGGAAGGAUAAAGGUCCAGAAUCCAAAACUGAUUAUUUUUUGUACAGUAAGAAAAAGAACUGACUAUUUGUGAAAGGAGGGCUGUGUUCUUGCUCAACUUUAGGUUGCUACAAGGUAAGGUAAUACUAAUAUCAAUAUUGGGUUUGGGACAGGAUAACCCUCAUAUUGAAUCCCUCUUAGGCAAACUCUUAAAAGCUGGGGUAAGAUAAAACUGCAUGUUCAAAUGAGAAUGUCCAAAGCAAAUGACUGGCCUUGGUACUUAGCUAAUUGUGAGAAGCAAAUUUGGCCAGAUAAAUAUGGGAUCUUUAAUUAUUGUCAGCUGCAGAUGCUAAAAACCAGGCCUGAAGAACUGGAGCCUUUAAAAAACAAAUGGAUUAUUGGUUCUGGAGAACAAGAUUUACAAGCCAAGACUGCCCCUCAUUACCAUGUCCAUCGAAUCCAGAUUUUUUAAACAUACAUACGCAUAUAUACACAGGCCAUGGUACUCUUAAGAAACCAUUUUUUUAGGGAAUAAUUGGUGAAAAAGGAAUUUGAGAAAGAAAAGGACAUAAAGACUUAAUUGGGUACAUUUUGUUUUGAAAUGGAUGGUAAUAUUAACUUGUCCUGGGCUGGGGGGAGGGGGGGAGGGGGUGAAGGAGGGAGUUGCAAAGGUCUUUUAAGGUGCCCUUGCCUGUGAAGUUUUUAGGACUUUUUAUUCAUUGUUAGCCAUUAUUUCAACAUGAGAAAAAUUAAUAAUAGUAUACUAACCCUAAGCUAUGAUAGUAAAAUUUUGCUAUUUGAAGUAAACUCUCUUUGGGAUAGUAAACUGAUUUUUUUUUUUUGAGCUCUUAUUUCAGAUAUGAUUGUCCAACAUUAAACCAUAGUCCACCACUCAAGAGGAAUACUAUGUGCAAAAGGGAAUGUGGUCUGAGAACUGCUAUAGGUGAAUAUUCUUGGGAAAUAUGAGGAAAUAACCUUGCAAAAGUAAGGUAGCAUCCUCUUGGCUUAAUCUCCCCAUUGUUCCCCAUUCUUUUCUGAACAGGAACUCAGUUAAUUCUGAGCCUGGAUUUGGUACCCCAAGAAUAAGGUGUAAUUUUGUUCAUAUGACUUGCUGUUAAGUCUGACUCUUAUCUGGAAUCAAACAGAACUAAAGAAAGCAUUUCCCUGUUGUGGCUGUUAAGAUGAUCCUAUGCUCUUGAAGGGACAGUCUUGAUAAAGUCAUAAUUAUAUCUCUCCCUUUUUCUUCCAUAACAAAUAUCUAUUAUGAGUGUAAAUGAAAGGAGGAAGUUUUGUCAUUGCAGUGCUUAAUCUACUCAUUAACAUGUUAAUACUAAAACAUCUCAGUAACUAUAAUAAGAUGCAAGUAUGAAAGACCUUACUAUUUUUAAUCUGAAUUUGUUUUCAAUUACAUGUUCUCAUCAACAAAGUAUUUUUAAAUGAGUUUUUAGACUUGCCAUGCCCUUGCUAAUAGUUAUAUGUGUAUGGAUAAUAUUGUUCCCUUGAAGUAUCUCAUUCUCCUAAGAUGUUAUAAGAUUGGAUUAAAGAUUUUACAUAUAAGAUUACAUUAAUAA